CAACAGGAAGGGAUGGAAACAACAACAUAUACCCUAUAGCAUUUGGAGUUGUUGACAAAGAGGACACAGACAGCUGGACCUGGUUCAUAACACAACUGAAAGAUGCACUUGGUGGAGAAAGUGGAAAGUUUGGGUAUUAUACUAUCAUUUCUGAUAGGCAGAAGGUAAACUUCUCUUCUCAUAUUUCUAUUGUACCAUUAAUUUUUCAUAUGCACAUUGCUUUGUGAACAAUUCAAAUGGACCAAUAUUUAGCUCUAGUUCAUAUUGUUUCAACAUGGCCUUUUAAAUGCAGUAAACCAUGUUUUUCCCAAUUGUCCACAAAGAUUCUGCCUUAGAUACAUUUAUCAGAAUUUCCAAACUGCUGGUUUUAGAGGUGAUGAGUUAAAGAAACACAUGGAUGCAGCUAGCUACUCUUAUACUAAGAAUGAACACCUAGCUGCAAUGAAUGAUUUGAAAAGAGAGUGUAAGGCAGCUUGGGCAUGGCUUAAUAAAGUACCAGUUCAUACAUGGGCUAGACAUGCAAUGGAUUUUACAUGCAAGACUGACCUAGUUGUGAACAACAUCAGUGAGGUGUUUAACAAAAUGACCCUAGAUGUUAGAGGGAAGCCAAUAAAGACCAUGCUGGAAGGAAUUAGGACUAAAUUGAUGGUCAAAUUUAACACCAAUAGAACUAAGACAGAGACAGCAAAUUGGGAGAUUUGCCCAACAUAUGCAGAGAUGUUAGAGGAGGCAAAGUACAACUCAAGGUGGUGCCAAUCUUUGAUGGCUGGUCCUAACAUUUACCAAGUUAGUGUAGUGGAGAUAACACCUACUCAGUGAACUUGCUGCACAGAACAUGUGGAUGUAGGAAAUGGGAUAUGACUGCUAUGCCUUGCAAUCAUGCAGUCUCUGCAAUUGUGAAAGCUAAGUUGCAACCUGAAGACUUUGUUGAUGAUUUAUUCAAGAAGGCAAUGUACAAAAAAGCAUAUGACCAUAUCAUAUUUCCUAUCCCUGGUCCAAAUAUGUGGCCAAGGACAAGAACUCAGGACAUAGAGCCUCUAGUUUUCAGAGACAAAGUUGGGAAGCAACAAACAAAGAGGAGGAAAAACCAAUUUGAGAAGCCAGCACCAAGAGAUACAUCUAGGAUGGCAUCCAUUACUUGUAGCAACUGCAAACUUGUAGGGCACAGAUACACUGUGUGCUCCAAGCCCUUGAAACCAGCUCUUGCUAUGAGACAAAACCAGCAUCAGCCAAACAGGUCACAUGCUUCUGCUUCAUCUACAGCUGCUGCACCAACAAGGAAGAGGCCAUCUCCAUGUACAGCAGAUGUUGGGACUGCUCCUCCCAGGAAGAAAGCUGCACCUGCUGCAACUACACCUACUGCUCCUCCAAGGAGGAGAGCUGCACCUGCUGCUACUGCACCUACUGCUCCUCCUAGGAGGUCUCCCAGGAAGAAUGCUACCCCAGCACCUACUGCUCCUCCAAGGAGGUCUCCCAGGAAGAAAACUACCCCAGCUGGUACAUCUUCUACAUCUGCUGCAGGCCAUAGGGGAACAUUUCAUGCUCCAAGAUAGACUGGAAGGAAGAGGACAGUUUCCUACAAGAUGAAAGAGUACCUAUAUGCUUCUGGUAACUAGAUGUUGCCUUUGUUGGCUGCUUGAAUUUGAUGCCCAUGUUGGUUGUUGAAUUUGAUGCCUUUGUUGGCUGUUAAACUAGAUGCCUUUGUUGGCUAUUCAAGUAGAUGCCUUUGUUGGCUGUUGAACUAGAUGCCUUUGUUGGUAGGUUUGAACCAGAUGUUGAACUAGAUGCCUUUGUUGGCUGCUUUGAACUAGAUGUUGAACUAGAUGCCUUUGUUGGCUGCUUUGAACCAUAUGUUGAACUAGAUGCCUUUUGAUGGUUGUUAAACU